GUCCGCCAUUUCGUGGACGCCGUAGUGGAUAAAGAGAGCGGCCUGUAGGGUGGGAGGGAGAAAAAGAAAAGAAAACAAAAAACAACCAAGUGGAGCCCGAGGGGCGCGGCGGCUAGGCCUCGUCGGAGCCUGUGUGGAUUCGAAGGGUGUCGGUGUCGGGAACCCGAGGAUCUCGAAAUGCAUCGUGAUUCUUGUCCGUUGGACUGCAAGGUGUAUGUAGGUAAUCUUGGAAACAAUGGCAACAAGACUGAAUUGGAACGGGCUUUUGGCUAUUAUGGACCACUCCGAAGUGUGUGGGUUGCUAGAAACCCUCCCGGCUUUGCUUUUGUUGAAUUUGAGGAUCCCCGAGAUGCAGCUGAUGCUGUCCGCGAGCUAGAUGGAAGAACACUAUGUGGCUGCCGUGUGAGAGUGGAACUGUCGAAUGGUGAAAAAAGAAGUCGAAAUCGUGGCCCACCUCCCUCUUGGGGUCGUCGUCCUCGAGAUGAUUACCGUAGGAGGAGUCCUCCACCUCGGCGCAGAUCUCCAAGGAGGAGAAGCUUCUCUCGCAGCCGGAGCAGGUCCCUUUCCAGAGAUAGGAGAAGAGAGAGAUCACUGUCUCGGGAGAGAAAUCACAAGCCGUCUCGAUCCUUCUCUAGGUCUCGAAGCCGAUCUAGGUCAAAUGAAAGAAAAUAGAAGACCAGUUUGCAACACAAGUGGUGUACAGGAAAUAACUUCAUUUGACAGGAGUAUGUACAGAAAAUUCAAGUUUUGUUUGAGACUUCAUAGGCUUGGUGCAUUUUUAAGAUGUUUUAGCUGUUCAGAUUUGUCUUUCUCUUGGAACAGUGACACAUGUAACAAUGUCAUUCUCUAUGGUUUGAAAUGGAUCAUAUGAGGCAUGUAAUACCAAGAAUUGUUACUUUACAAUGUUCCCUUAAGCAAGAUUGAAUUUGCUUGGAAUUUUAGUUUUUCAUAGUCUGAAAUAAACCUAAAUCCUGCCCAGCUAAAGUGUGACAUGUUAAUGUUGUAGAACAAAACUGGCAGAAAUUAAACAGAUGUAGGCUCUUCCGUGGCUGGAAUAGUGUGCAGCUGCAUAUAAGUUUUUACCAGCUGCCGUGAACAUAGGCCAACAGGUAAAGAGAAAAAGGCUGCGCCAUUCAUGAAAGUAGAGGUGGUGGGAAAAUCCCAACUGGGCAGAGGUUCCCUAGUUGGUGUAGAAUCUGAAAAACUUAAAAGAAUGUUUACCUUGGUCUGGGUCCUAAGUUCUGUAUGUGAUCACUAUAUACAUUUGUAACAUUUGAAAAUUUCAAAAUACCAAUGUCUGUCAGUUUAAGGGUACAUUGUAGAGCUCAACUAUUGAGUUACUGUGCAAGAUUUUUUUUCAUGCUGUCAUUUGUCAUGUUUGUGAGAAUCCUUGGGAUUAAAGUUUUGGUUACAAAUUGUUGUUUAACUUGAAAGCCUGUUUUUCCUUGCAAAUUUCGUAUCUGUGAGCUUGGUACCAAGUCCAGGUAUAACAUUCCUAUUGGAAGCCAUACUUAUAUUUUCUUGUAAAGUGCUUUUGAAUUAAUAAAAUAUUAGCAUAAUUGUGUAACAGUCAGUUGAAACCACUGUUAAACCAUUGGAAGGCAGUUUGUUACACAAUUCUUUGUAAGAAAGACAACUGAGAGAUACUGUGGAUUACUGAAGAGACUUGCUUGUCACCUAAGUGGUUGUUAGCAGUUACCAUUUUUUUCCUAAGGAGUUUAAGCCAGUUUUCAGGAUCCAUGUGAUACCUAGUGACUAACACUUAAAGUGUAAGCACCAACUUUGGUAUAUUGUAACUCGAAGUAAAUCGCCCAUAAAAAGGCUAUUUAGCAUGAAAACAUUCCACAAAGUUUUAAAACUUGCUUCCAUUUUAUAAUUUGAGAUGUUGCAUGGGAAUUCCAAACGAUCCAUCAUGAUGUACAAGUCACAAUAUGGUCAAAUGUAAUGGGUGCACAGUUGACAAUGAAGGCAUGCAUAACCUUCCUCUUAAAAAUUUAGAGGAGUUGUGAUAACAGAUUUUUUGUGCAAUUAGAUUAAAUCAUAAUGCAACAGU